AUGGAGGCCAUACGCAGUCUCUGCAGACAAAGGCAAGUCCUUUUCUUCUUUCUUCUCUUGGGCUUUUCUUUGGCGGGCACUGAACCUAGGCGCUAUUCUGUGGUGGAGGAAACUGAGGGGCGCUCCUUUGUAACCAAUUUAGCGAAGGAUCUAGGCUUGGGGCAGAGGGAACUUUCCAGGAGGGGGGCUAGGGUCAUUUCCAAAGGAAACAAAAUGCAAUUGCAGCUGAAUCAGGAGAACGGGGAUUUGAUGCUCCAAGAAAAACUGGACCGUGAGGAGCUGUGUGGCCACACAGAGCCCUGUGUUCUGCAUUUCCAAGUGUUGCUAGAAAAUCCCUUAGAGUUUUUUCAAGCCGAGCUACAAGUAAUUGACAUAAAUGACCAUGCACCCGAAUUUCUAGACAGAGACAUGGUACUAAAAAUAUCAGAGAGCAGUCCGAUGGGAGCAACGUUUCCUCUGAAGAAUGCCCAGGAUAUGGAUGUAGGUCAAAAUAAUAUUGAGAAUUACCUAAUCAGCCCCAACUCCUACUUUCGGGUCCUUACCCGACAACGUAGCGAUGGUGGAAAAUAUCCUGAGUUGCUGAUGGAUAAAGAACUAGAUCGGGAAGAGGAACCUGAGCUCAGGUUAAUUCUCACGGCUCAGGAUGGUGGUUCUCCACCCCGAACUGGGACUGCUCAGGUGUAUAUAGAGGUCUUGGACAUCAAUGAUAAUGCUCCUGUAUUUGAGCAGUCUUUGUACAGAGUGAAGAUCCCUGAAAACAGUCCUAUUGGCUCCCUGAUUGUCACUGUUUCUGCUACAGAUAUAGACUUGGGUUUCAAUGGUGAGAUUUCCUAUUCACUUUUCCAGCCUUCAGAGGAGAUCAGCAAAACUUUUGAAAUUGAUUAUCUAAAAGGGGAUAUUAAAUUAAAAAAACAACUUGAUUAUGAGACAAUUAAGUCCUAUGAAGUCAACAUAGAAGGUAAAGAUGCUGGCAGCUUUUCUGGGAAAUGCACUGCUGUGAUCCAAGUCACAGAUGUGAAUGACAAUGCUCCAGAAAUAACUAUGUCUACGCUGACCAGUCAGAUUCCAGAAAACUCGCCCGAGACAGUGAUUGCAGUAUUCAGUGUUUCUGAUCUUGAUUCGGGAGAGAAUGGAAAAACAAGUUGCUCCAUUCAGGAUAAUCAACCGUUUUUGCUGAAAUCCUCCCUGGAGAACUUUUACACCCUUGUAACGGAGAGACCUCUGGACAGAGAACAGCAGGCCGAGUACAACAUCACCAUCACGGUGACAGACCUGGGCAUCCCCAGGCUGGCAACACAGCACACCAUCAGGGUGCAGGUGUCCGACGUGAACGACAACGCCCCCGCCUUCAGCCAGCCCUCCUACACCCUGCUGGUGGGCGAGAACAACAGCCCCGCGCUGCACAUCGGCAGCGUGAGCGCCACGGACGCGGACGCGGGCAGCAACGCGCAGCUGACCUACUCGCUGCUGCCGGGCCCCGAGCCGCGGCCCCCGCAGCCGCCGCUCGCCUCGCUGGUGUCCAUCAACGCGGACAACGGGCAGCUGUUCGCGCUGCGCUCGCUGGACUUCGAGGCGGUGCGCGCCUUCGAGUUCUUUGUGCGCGCGCAGGACCGCGGCUCGCCCGCGCUGAGCGGCCAGGCGCGGGUGCGCGUGCAGGUGCUGGACCGCAACGACAACGCGCCCUUCGUGCUGUACCCGCUGCAGAACGCGUCGGCGGCGUGCAGCGAGCUGGUGCCCAGGGCGGCCGAGGCGGGCUACCUGGUGAGCAAGGUGGUGGCGGUGGACGGCGACGCGGGCCAGAACGCCUGGCUGUCCUUCCAGCUGCUCAAGGCCACGGAGCCCGGGCUCUUCAGCGUGUGGGCGCACAAUGGCGAGGUGCGCACGGCGCGGCCGCUCAGCGAGCGCGACGCGCCCAAGCACAGGCUGCUGGUGCUGGUCAGGGACAAUGGCGAGCCGCCGCUGUCGGCCAGCGUCACGCUGCACGUGCUGCUGGUGGACGGCUUCUCGCAGCCCUUCCUGCCGCUGCCCGACGCGGCGGCCGGCGCGGCGCCCGACGACCGCCUCACCGUCUACCUGGUGGUGGCCUUGGCGUGCGUGUCGUCGCUCUUCCUCUUCUCGGUGCUGGCCUUCGUGGCCGUGCGCCUGUGCCGGCGGGCAGGCCAUGCGGCGGGGGCCGGCUACCCCUACCCGGGUCUGCCGGACGGGCCCUUUCCGGGACAGCUAUUGGACGCCAGCGGCGCGGGGACCCUGUCCCACAGCUACCGGUAUGAGGUGUGCCUGGCGGGGGGCGCUGGCACCAAUGACUUCAAGUUCCUUAAGCCCAUUCUGCCUGAUUUCCAUGACUAUGCCCCUGGGCGGGAAAUAGAAGAAAACCCUAACUUUCAAAAUGAGUUCAAUAUCAGUAUUCAGUGA